AUGUUCGUGGAGGUCUAUGAAAGGUUAAAAAGAAAGGGAUUAAGGAAAGUUUUGAAGCUUAUAAAAAAUAACAAUGAUAUGCCUAUGCAAUUCGAAAGAAGCACUGGGAAACGUAAAGGAAUAUUUAAAUAUCUAAAAACGAUUGUACUUAUUUGCUAUGCAUUACAUUUUUUUAAUGAAAUUCUCAUUUACUUGCCAAAAAGGCUUGCUGAAACUGACGAAUUUUCUAUAGUUUCUUGUGUGGGCUUGGAACCGAUAUCAGAGAGUCCAAACAAAGAAAUUUGUAAAGCAUUACUUACUAUUCAAUUGUUUGGAGCAAUGGUUGUAGUAGUUUCCUAUGAUACAACCUUUUUAUUCUUAUUCGGGUACACAGCGUCAAUGUUUUCCAUUCUUAGAGAGGAGAUAAUGUCAUUAGAUGUUAGAGACGAGGACACUGAGAGACAAGAGGUUGUCGAAACUGUUGAAAACCGCCUGAAGAAUAUAGUGAAUCGUCAUUCUUUGACUUUGCAUACAGUUGAGAAUAUCCAAAAUAUAUACAACUUUAGCAUCGGAGUUAGCGUUGGAGAGGACGCUAUUACGAUGUGUUUAUUUUUCGUAAUGCCAUUGAACGUUAGUUUGAAUUUUAUCCCACUUUUAAUACAUGAUUUCUUAGCGUUUUUCCUAUAUUGUUAUCAAGGUCAGAAGAUAACUACAGCAGCUGAACGUUUUGAAAUGGAAGUGUAUUCUUGCGGAUGGGAGAAUUUCGGUGUCAAAGAACAGAAAAUGAUACUAACCAUGUUGAGACAAUCACAAAAACCGGUGAUAAUAAAUGCAGCAUCUGUAGUUCCGAUUUGUAUCUAUACGUUUGCUUGCACAAUGCAGAGUAUUUAUAAAUUCGGUGCUGCAUUCAAAAGUUAA